UCAUGAUAUUGAUGACCUUGAGAUGAAGGUUGUGAGGUACAAACCGGAAGGCCUUGAUAUUCUCUGCAAGAACACAAAGUUCUCCAAAAAAGAACUUCAGAUUAUGUACAGAGGCUUCAAGCAGGAAUGCCCAACGGGAAUAGUGAACGAAGAGACGUUCAAAGAAAUAUAUGCUCAAUUCUUCCCACAAGGCGACGCGACUGCCUAUGCCCACUACGUGUUCAAUACAUUCGACCAUGACAAAAACGGGUCCAUUAGCUUCGAGGAGUUCGUGAUGGGGUUGUCCGUUCUCGUGAGGGGGACACUUCCAGAGCGGCUACAGUGGGCGUUUAACCUUUAUGACGUCAAUGGGGACGGCAUCAUAACUAAGGACGAGAUGGUGGACAUCGUGGGCGCCAUCUAUGAGAUGAUGGGACGCUUCACCCUGCCGGCAAUUGACGAGUACAGCGCGCGGGAGCACGCGGAAAAGGUGUUCCAGAGAAUGGACUUGAACAAAGACGGUGUGAUAUCAUUUGAAGAAUUCAUGGAAACAUGUAGAAUGGAUGAUAACAUAGUACGAGGCAUGUCUCUCUUUGAUACUGUGAUCUAGCGUGUCGACGGGAGAAAAAAAGCAUCGGCAUCGUAGAAUUGUUGUUCAAAAGUAUGAACAGCGACAUCCAUAUCGAGCGCUACUAUAGAUGCCAGAUAUACAAAAACAAACAUUGCAGAUAGCUGACUGAUUUCGCGUGCCUAACUUAAUAUAUAAUUAAGUCAGUAAACGCGGUACAAAUAUCAAUGAUAAUUUCCCCGUGACUUUGCAGUGUGUGGUACGUCUUCUCGUCGCAUGGAGAGUAUUAGGAAGGACAAUAAUUGUUUUAUCGUGAUGAUAUAUACGAUUUAAAUACUUUCAUUUCACAAUCUGGGCUGACAUAAAAAAAAUCAAAACUGUAAUGCCGAUUUGUCCUGUCAAGUUAAUGUACAUUCUUCGGAGUUCAUCUAAUUUUUAGUGUGACUUUUUUUGCAAACAACAUAUUAUGGGUGUAUGCCUGAUAUUUUUUCUCGAACGUAUUUAACAUACCUUAUGUGUACAUUAAAAUAAGCAAUAUAAUCUUCAAUGUAGAAAAAACAUUAUAGAAUAAGUAAAACUUCAAUAUGUUAAUGUUUUUAAUGUUUGAGAAUUGAUACAUUUAUGAAUAACACUGUACUGUACAUUGCGAUUUGUUUGUAUUCAUAAUAACAUUGGGCUCGAAAUUAGACAUGAUGCAUCCAUCACGUCUAUCAUGUUUGUGGACAAACGAUAGUUUUAUAUGUUUAUUUUAUGAAUAUCAUUUGUUAGUAUCAUUGUAUGUUUGUAUCGUUCGAUUAUAAAACAGAGAUCAAAAUGUGAUAUAACUGUUUUAUCAACAAUAUUAUACCAUACCUGUCAAUUC